CACGCCCCCGCGCGCACUGCUGUAAAAUCAGCGUUUCCACUUCAUCUCUCGGAUCUUUUGAUGCUGAACAUGUUAUAGACAGCAAAACAAUGCCGUAACGUCACUUGGGAAGCAGCAGACGGCCUCAUAUAGUCAGCCGAACGAGAGAGGAUGGUCAGCCUGGGACAGGGGAAGCCGGGCCACCGGAGUGGGGCCUAUUUCUUUGAGGAUGACUCAGACGAGCAUAGUGGUUCGGAUGUGAGUCCGUUGGUGCGUCAUCCUCCGUCCCAGUCAGUCACCAACACUCCCCACUCCCACAUCUUCACUGGCUAUCUCUCCAUCCUUGAACUUCUUCUCCUGGUUGUGUAUGCUGCAGCUCUAGUGGGGAUGUCCCUGUACGGAUUGAAUCAUCAGGACAAUCUGCCGUCGUACCGACUGGUGGCCUACUUUGCCAUGAUCCAUGUGGCUGUGUGGGCUGUUGUAGGGGUGUUUGAUAGGGUGGUACAGUGGAGGCACCAGGUCCUGCGCAGGAAGGGCUACCUCAAGUUCUACCGUAACAUGAGGAAUGUUCGCAGGGUCCCAUUCAUAGUCGUGUCCAUUGCCAAUGCAGCGGUGUUGCUCCUGGUCUCUCUGCUCUAUUUCUACCGUGUCCACGAGACCAAGGUGGUGAGCAACUCCCUCUACCCGGUCGACUUCCUCUACGUCAUUGUGGGCCUCGAGCUCAUCUUUGUCCUUCCCUGCCUCGUCUACUACAUCGUGCGAGCCACCAUGUUCAACAUGGCCAAACAGCCUCCCGACGUCAUCAGUGACACCUUCACUGGAUCAGAGAGCCCCACCUCCUCUGUCACCGCCGUCGGAUUCAGGGACGGAGAGGACCUGGAUGAGUUGCUGGAGAGACAGGCGGACAUGAUUCGCUACCUCCAGCAGCACAAUGCCAACCUGGGCCGCAGGAUCCUAGAGCUGCAGGCCGGGGCCAUGGAAUAG